CAAUUUGGCCGCUGCUGUCUUCUGUCCCCUCCCUUCUUCCUUCUCCUGGUCCCACCUCCAGCAACCUCUCACAUUGCUCCUCCUCACCUCUGUCCUCCUGGACUGGCCUAGCUCCUACCUUUCCUACCCCUCACCUUUUUCCCCUUUUAGGACUGAGUAAGGGCAGGCGGGGGUGGGGACAGCUGGGGCUUUGGGCACUGAAGGCAGAGACUUUGGGCCCUCUCCCACGCUGCCAGCCCUUCUGUAACCCCUCCCUCCAAGCUGGGGGGAGGGGGUAGCACCCAGAGGGUUAAGACUGUAGGGGGAGGGACUGGGCCAGGUCGUGGGCGGCCCCUUUGAAGGAGGGAGCUAGAGUGGGGAACAGACACCCCCCCCGUUAUCCCUCCCCCUCCCCUUCCAACGUGCUGCCCCCGGGGGCCAGGAGGAGUUGCCGGCAAGGCCCCUCAGCGUUCAGGAGAAGAUGGGGAGCCCUGAGGAUGACCUGAUUGGAAUUCCAUUCCCAGACCACAGCAGUGAGCUUCUGAGCUGCCUCAAUGAGCAGCGCCAGCUGGGCCAUCUGUGUGACCUUACCAUCAGGACGCAGGGUCUUGAGUACCGCACCCACAGGGCUGUGCUAGCUGCCUGCAGCCACUACUUCAAGAAGCUCUUCACCGAGGGUGGGGGGAGCGCUGUUAUGGGAACCGGGGGUGGCGGGACAGCUGCUGGAGGAGCAGGGGCCGCCGGUGUGUGUGAGCUGGACUUUGUAGGGCCAGAGGCCCUGGGUGCCCUGCUUGAAUUUGCCUACACAGCCACACUGACCACCAGCAGCGCCAACAUGCCGGCUGUACUUCAAGCUGCCCGGCUCCUGGAAAUCCCCUGUGUUAUUGCUGCCUGCAUGGAGAUCCUACAGGGUAGCGGGCUAGAAGCCCCUAGCCCGGAUGAGGAUGACUGUGAGCGAGCCCGACAGUACCUUGAGGCUUUUGCCACUGCCACCACCUCAGCCUCAACCUCAGGAGUGCCCAAUGGUGAAGAUAGCCCUCCACAGGUGCCCCUCCUACUACCACCACCACCACCUCGACCUGUCGCCCGCCGCAGCCGCAAGCCCCGAAAAGCUUUUCUUCAAACCAAGGGGGCCCGAGCAAACCAUCUGGUCCCUGAGGCGCCCACGGUACUCUCCCAUCCCUUGACCUACGAAGAAGAAGGGGUGAUUGCUAGAGUGGGCAACAGUGGGGGCAGUGGGCUUGGGGACAGCUACAGCCCUCCCACAGGUGCUGCCUCACCUCCUGAGGGGCCCCUGAACUAUGAGGUCUGUGAGGGUGAGGAAGAAGAAGAAGAGCUGGCCUACCCCCCAGCUUACGGGCUAGCACAGAGCAACGAGCCCUCACUGUCGCCAGAGGAGCUGGGUUCAGAUGAAGACACCAUCGAUCCCGACCUGAUGGCCUACCUAAGUUCCCUGCACCAGGACGCCCUGGCACCAGGCCUGGAUGGCCAAGACAAGCUGGUGCGUAAACGCCGUUCACAGAUGCCCCAAGAAUGCCCAGUCUGUCACAAGAUAAUCCAUGGGGCUGGCAAACUGCCACGCCACAUGAGGACCCAUACCGGUGAGAAGCCCUUUGCCUGUGAGGUCUGCGGUGUCCGCUUCACCAGGAAUGACAAGCUGAAGAUCCACAUGCGGAAACACACAGGAGAGCGCCCCUAUUCGUGCCCACACUGCCCAGCCCGCUUCCUGCAUAGCUAUGACCUCAAGAACCACAUGCACCUGCACACUGGGGACCGGCCCUAUGAGUGCCACCUGUGCCACAAGGCUUUCGCCAAGGAGGACCACCUGCAGCGCCAUCUCAAAGGCCAGAACUGCCUGGAGGUGCGCACCCGAAGGCGCCGCAAGGACGAUGCGCCACCGCACUACCCGCCACCCUCCACCGCCACCCCAUCCCCUGCCGGCCUUGACCUCUCCAAUGGCCACCUGGACACCUUCCGCCUCACUCUGGCCCGAUUUUGGGAGCAGUCAGCUCCCACAGGACCCCCGGUCACUACUCACGGGCCCCCUGAGGAGGAAGAGGAGGAAGGGACAUCUACCACACCACAGGCUGAAGGUGCCAUGGAGCCCUCUUAAAAGAGGGGUGAAUGGCCAGGCUGGAGCAGCACAAGGCCUAGGAUGCCAUGCCAAGCAGUGGGGAGCACAUAAGACCAAUGGAGUUGGGGGUCAGGGACCCUGAGCCUUGUUGGCUUCAGAAGCAACCCCUUUCCCCCCAGAGCCUUCAUUCCAAUUCCAAGCUGAGGUUUUGGGUCACAAGCUCUCUAGAUUGGGGUGAUCACCCAAGGAGUUAUAUAUGAAAUAUAUAUGUGUGUGUGUGUGUAUGUGUGUGUAUGUGUCACACACGCUGCACAUAUUUCUAUAUAUACACACACACACAGUAAAGGUGGGGUCCCUGUCCCAGCUGCUACUGGGGAAUUGAAGCAAUAAUCUAUCUCUGAUUUGUGGGGUCCCACUUCGGCUAUGCGGGUUUCUAGGAGGCUGGGGCUUGGGACCAAAGCCUUGCCCUGCUCCCAUGCCCCCUGGGUUUUGGCUGUGUGUGAGGGGGUGGACUGCCCCUCCCUUCCGAGACCCCUCCUUCCUGGUUUCUGUUCCCUUUUCCUGGCAGUAAAUUAUGCAAAAGGGGGUGGCAAAGGAAGGGUAAGUGGGGGGAAACAAGGUGGAAGCUUGAGGACUAGGGGUGGGGGGGACUGGGCCUGUAAGGACGGAGCCAUCCCAGUCCCCCCUCCACCCAGUUCCAACGCUGAGUCAUGGGGUCCUGGAGAAGGGGGCAGGGUGGCUUGAUUGGCUCGCCCGCCCCUGGGGGGGUAGCAGAAGGGCUCCGCCCAGCUAAGGGAGCUCUCCACCUCUCCCCUCCCGCGUCCCGGGGCAGGGAAUGUCUUGUUCCUGGCGCUCCCUCCCCAAGGCCAGAGGGCAGGGCGGGCCGGGCGUCUUACCCUCUUCUCCUCCCUACCUCCCCGCCCAGGUGCAAGCCGGAGCCGCCUCUGCUGCGUGCUGCCCCUGACUCACGCCGCCCCCGGGCUGGCGGGCGCUGGGUGUGGGAUGGGGUGAGGGGUUGAGGUAGCCUUGCGGGGAGCGGGUGAGCCAGCGCCAUCUGGUGGCCAUGCCCUGUAGUGGCGAGUGCCCCCCUCUCCCCCCCCCCCCCCGUGACCACUUUAGUGAGUUAGUGUCAUGCCCAGCCAUCCUGGCCUUUGAACGGGUGCUCCCGCUUGUCCCUGGGAAAAGUGAGCUGCAGAGCAGAUCUAGAGGAAAGAAAUCCUUUCCUGAGACCUUGCCCGUCACUCUUAGGACUGAGUCCACCCCCAUUCUGUACAUAGCCUCUUCUGAUGGUCUUGUUGAAAUCCAAUUUCACAUUUUAAACUACCAAUUCUCCUGGGGUGGAGAAGAAUCUUCACCCCUGCCCCUUCCUCGCUGGGUGCUGGACCCCCAUUGCUGCCUGGGCUCUGCCUUGCACUAUUUCCCCCCUUUGGCCUGGUGGCCCUUCCCCCUCCUUAAAAGGGGCAGGUUCAGGGGCCGGUGCUCUCCUCUCCCCAUGCACCUCCAUGCCCAUUUGCACAGCUGCCCAGGUACCCCCAACAGUGGGGAGGGGUCAAACAGGGAGGGGUGGCGGGACCAGUCCCUGUGUCUAUUUAAAAAGUGAUGAUGUAAUAUAUUAGGAGGGAGGUCAGGUGCUCUGGGCCUCAUCUUAGCAUUUCAGGUGAUAGGGAGCCCAGGGCUGGAGAAACCUGGGGCUUAGUCCCAGAAAGUGGGGACAAUGUGGCCUCACUCUCUACUUGCGGCUUUCCCACUCAGUGCCUUAGUGGGGGGUAAGCAUUUCCCCCCUCCUCUCCCAUUCCCUUCAUCUACCCCUGCCCCCGCCUUGGGUGUAAGUGACAGGAAGAAAUAAUAAUAAUUUAAGAUUCA